UUCACUCCACACUUUCUUCCCGGCUUCAAACAUCGUUAAAUACUCGAUGUUUCCCAGCAACACCGCAGCCGCGAAGAGGCUAGGAAAGAGGAAGGUGAGAGAAGUUGAGACCUUCAAUCUUCACUUCGCUUCCACCAGCGCUCCUGCCGACCGCCGCCGCUCUCAUGUUCACAAAUUACUCAACAACGCCGCCGCCGCCGCGCCACUGUCGUACAUGGCCCUGCUGACCGCCAACGAAGAUGACGACGACGACGACAACGACGUUACGGACCAGAGCGAUCAAAUAAAUCAAAUCAUAACUUACCAUAAUGAAAAGCUGAGGCAGUCAGUGGUGGGGAUGGUGGAGGAGACGGUGGCGAAGCGGCUGAAGGCGCAGGGGGAGCGCAACGAGGAGCUGGAGAGGCUGGCGGCGAUGUACAAGGGGGAGGCGGAGCGGCUGCUGGGGAGGGUGAGGUACCUGGAGCACGCGGUGGUGUCGCUGAGCGAGGGGCUGCAGGAGGCCAACGCAGCGCGCCAUUACGCGGAGGCGGUGGAGGAGGAGGGGGAGUCGUCGUUCGAGGACCCUGACCGCGUGGGGCCGGUCAGGCUCGACUGCAAGGUGUGCGAGAGGGAGCUGGCGAACGUGAUGGUGUGGCCGUGCCGCCAUGUCUGCGUCUGCAAGCGAUGCGAUGCUGCCGCAAAGUGCUGCCCUGUUUGCCGGAUGGUGAAGACAACCAGCGUGGAAGUGUGUCUCCCUCUUGAUUGAAUUGAUUUAAAUUGUUUGCGGU